GCGAUAAGCCCUCUUGCCCUACAGCGCCAUGCUUGCUAGUUAUCGUAUCGCAAUAUGCUAGUGAUUACGAUACCGACAGAAGAAUUGGCAAAUCCGAGAAACACAACCAAUUUUGCAAACGUGGUCACAGAUCAUUUAAUGAUCGUCUAUAACAGGCGCCUUGAUUAUUUCGGGCGACUUGAGCGAUAACGCACAAAAGGCGCGCAGCCAUUUACGCCGAGUAGAGAGCACUUGAGAACACAUCAAAGAUCAGACGAGCAACCGGUUAGUAUCCAAGAGACACCGAGCCGAACUGCAGCAAAGAAAGGAGGGCUCGUCGCCGUCGUUCCACGUCCACCCGCAGAACUUGCUUCCGUGUCCUUAGGAGAUCAACACUGUCAUCACAGACAUUUCGCGACAUAAAUCUCGACAUCAGUCAAGAUGGUGCUCUCAGCACAAGUCAUCGCACCGCUGCUCCUCCUUUUUGGUACCUUCACUCUGGGCACCAUUCCCAUUUGCCUAGUUCGUCUUCUUCAGAGGUCGUCCAUUGGACCUAGAGUGCUCUCCUUUCUCAUAUGCCUCGGCGGUGGUGUAUUGUUCGCGACGUCCUUCCUCCAUCUCCUCCCUGAGGUCCGUGAAGGAUUUGAAGAGUUGGCGACAACGUUCCCAGUAGCUGAAGGCGUUGUGUGUUUCGGGUUCUUUGCCGUAUAUCUCGUGGAAGAAUUGGUGCACACCUGUCUUAAGCACACCCAUCAUGUCAUGGACCACGGCCAUGCACAUUCACCUGCUGUCAUUGCUUGCAGCGAAACGGAUCAAGAAAUGGCAGGCAACAGGGUCCACAUACAUCUACCACCACAUUCAGCGUCCACCAAGAACGACAAACAGAUCACCCAUCAUUUACCACCACCACCAUUGGCCAACGUCGACAAGGGCACAGCAACGUCGCCCACGGAAAUCACCACCAAAGAAAAGCCUGCACUGAGUCAAGUCACCCUUUCUGGUCUGCUUAUCGUAGCGGCACUGUCCUUCCACUCUCUAUUCGAGGGAUUGUCCUUGGGUGUACAGUCGACUAACAAGGACACUUGGAUCAUGUUUCUCGCCAUCUCUCUGCAUAAAUUCGUCAUUGCCUUCGUCGUAGGCUUUGACUUGAGUGCGGGUGACGUGAGGCGAAAAGUUAUUUUUUUCUAUAUGGGUAUAUUUUCUAUCAUGUCGCCGCUAGGAGCGCUGAUUGGCGUUGUAACGAGCAGUAACUUUGAAGGCCUCGCCGUUACAGCUUUAAAUGGAAUCGCCUCGGGGACUUUAAUAUACGUCACGUUCUUCGAGGUUCUGCAGCGGCAGCGGAAGUCUAUGAUCAGUGGACUACUUCAGCUACUCGCUGUGGUGCUGGGGUUCUCAGUGAUGCUUGUUAUGGUAAUCGUUUUGCCGAGUGAUCAUGACCAUGAAGGGGACACUCAUAGUGCGCAUGCUUGACUCGACACUCUAUGGACACUGUCCAAAAACGAACAACUGUGAACAGCGACCUAGUCAAAUAGCAUAGAGGCGAGACGGGAAUGGCCACGGUCUCUGGGUUAUGUUGUUGCCCUCAGCGAGCUUUGACAUUGGGUAGUCGGUGGGCGACAUGAGGAAUCAGUGUAUUCUUUUCCUGUAGCUUUUACCUCGCAUUCCCCUUUAAGCUAGAAUUUUCCAGUGACCGCUGAGCUCUGCCGAUAUGGAAGACAUCACCCUCGCCCGUGUGAGACACCGAAUAGCCCGGAAACUGUCGUGCAGAGAACAUGGCUUCUGUUCCGCAACCGUACGUUUCAUGUGACUUCGUGCAAGUAUAUCACAGAACAAGACAUUUGACAUUUUUUAACUCCAUUCAUAUUGCCCGAGCUCAAUGUGGUACAGACUGUCAUGAAGAUUUUACCUCUUUGUACAUGCAUAGACCAGCACACAGUUGUAUGCUACCCGACAGUUCUCCGAGAACAGAAAAAUGUGACGUGCAGCAUAUAGCGAUAAUGGUGUGCAGUUUCAAAUUAUUGAUGCGAAAUUUUGUCGGACGUUUGUACAUGCAGGGACACAUAUAGCUGAUGUAUCGUUCAUUUCUUGCUGGAUAUUUUAGAUAUAUACAAGGUGUUUUUUUUAAUGGAGACACAUUUUUAAUAAUGGAAUGGAAUAGAAAUAGAAAGAAGCAAAUAGAAACGGAAAUUGAAACAUUUUCAAUAAAAAAAACUAUAAGGGCUCCGCGUAAGACGCGUCUCCGAAGAUGCGCAAUGAACAAAAUAUGGAAAAAAAAUUGUGGUCCCUCACGAAUUUUUUGCGGACGAUCUACCGAACGGAUUUUUGUUCUGAAAACGGCUCCGAUAUCAGGUCACCGGAAGGAACAGAUGUUCUCAAUGGGACAGCUUCGUAGCCUUUAUAAUUAAAAGUUAAUUAACGAUUUUUAGGUAAUUUGUCAUUUGACGGUUGAGCAACAUAUGGCCAAGAAAGUCCGCCGGCCUAUAGAGAUGAUAGAAGUGAAACAGCGUGGCUAUAGCCCUAUAGUUUUUUUUUUUUCAUUAAAAAUGUGUCUCCAUUAAAAGAAAAAACACCCUGUAUAAGCAAAACAUAAGCCACCAUCUAUCAAACCUGGGGACUUAGACACGUGACACGUAUUUACGUGACGCGUGAGCUGCUCCUUUCGUUAACGGAACACUGGCGCGAUCUCUGCCAAUGGUAACGAGUUAUAGCGAGGUCGUAACGUUUAACGAUUCAUUCAAGCGGUCCGUUAAUAGUGAGUUUUAGUAUACCGUUGAUAAGGUUAUCGUGCCUAUCGGAACCAAUCGCAGUCGUGCGUGACUCAGAAUCUUAUCCACUGAUUGGUUCCGGUUGAUACGGUUCGACGCAAGCCACCUUAUCAACGGUCUGCUAACGCUCUCUAAUAUCUUCAGUACCCAUCUUUAUUAAAUGGUGUAUCCACGAGAGUGAUACCAAAGUAAUUUUGCCGGCAGUCGUCUUGCCCAAGUAUAGGUAUAUUUUGUGUGGUGCGCCAAAUUAAUUAGUGUAACGAUAUUAAUUAGGCACUGUUUAUAUUGAUUUUACCGUCGAGAAAAACCGCAAGUCGUAGAGCGAUUUCAGAAACCCUUGAAUCAGUUGUUUGCAGUAAAGUACAUCUUGCUAUGCUCUUGCUCAGAGUUGUACGUAACGCGUUACUAGUAAUUGCGUUACUAGUAAUCAAUUACUUUUUUCAGUAAUUUUUUUAACGUAAUCGAUUAGUUUUGUGAGCAAGUAAUUUUCCAAGUAACCUGAUUCCAAUUUUCGGUAAUCGAUUACUGUUUUAACCUUCUGUCAACAAUGGCAACCCUUUUCAGCAAGCCAACCUAUUCUUCUGUUCCGCCACGAGGUCGACUGAAGCAAUGACGCAGAGGUCACUGUUACGGCCGUCUCUAUAUAGCGCACACGUGUUCCAUGCACGCCACAGUAAUAUGAUAAUCCCUUACAACCGCGACCUACUGGGGCAACGGUAAAAUAGGUGACUGUAUUGACAAAUUGUGCUGGCUGAACAUACCAAUAGUUACAAAACGAAGCGAAUGUUUCGAUGUUGUUUAAAAUUUGUAUAUAAAUCUGUAAUAAACGCGUGUAUGUGUUUUGUAUAUUGCUUUCAAAUGUAUUUGUGAAUUUCACUUAUCAUGUAUGUUGGCGUCUCAUAUUAGAAAUUGCAACAAGAGCUGCAUGGUUGCGUUCGCUGCAAGCUUGUUGGCUUUGCAAUGGCCCACAAUUUAAAAGUAACGGGAAAAGUAACGCGUUACAUUAUUAAUCGGUAACGUAUUACAUUUUUGAUGAAGUAAUUUGUAACGGUAAAGAAUUACUUUUCGCGCAGUAGUAACAGUAAUUGUAAUCAAUUACUCUUUUCGAGUAACGUGUACAACUCUGCGUCUUGCUUCAAGGUUCAGAACAGAAACAAAGGAAAGAAAGCGCGCAAAAUUUGAAAACUACCACAUGACAAAUUGACAACGUGGAAAUUUCAGUACACCGCUGUACUAGCAGCCUCAAGCGCACUCUCAAUAAACGAGAUACACUGAUAUACGUACCUUGAGUGAGAAACAAACAUCACAUGAGAUGCACUUGACUGUAAACACCUCAAUCCGGGGUUUCUGAAGCCGCUCUUCCAUACGCUUGCAUAUUUUUUCUUGAUAUUGAUUACUGGCUUGAUAUUUAAAGGAGUACAUAGUUAAUCUCAAUUUAAUUAAUUAGGGGCGGUACAAAAAUAUAUUCCUGCUGGAGCAAUGACGACUACAAACCGAAGCCCGUUGGUUUCAUCCCGUAUACUGUAAUGCACAAGUUUAAAAAAAAAACUGUUCAAGUUACACAAAACCCCUGAGUAUGCGCGCUGUUAUGAAUGGGUAGGGAUCUGUAAUUUCCGAAUUAUUGCAGGCACAUACGUAUGUAUUAUUGACGCAGUCCCCUGCAUUACAACUCUUAUUUUUGUAAUAAACUUUUUAAGCUCUGCA